CCGCCCCCAGCAUCCUCUCAUCCCCAAAAACUCCCCGAAGAGCCCCCCGGGACCCUCCCUCACCUCACGUCCAUCGGAGCCGCGUCUGCGCCGCCGCCCCCGCCCCCCGCUGCUUAUGAAGGGGCGCGCCGGGUGACGUCACCGCGCACGAUCGCGCCCCCCUCGCCUCGCCCAAUCAGGGGCUGCGCUGCCCCGACCGCGCCCCCCCGUCGCCAUGGAAACCGCCGCGGGAGAAGCGGUGGGAGCGGCAGGAGCUGCGGCCAAUCACCGCGCAGUGUCGGGGGUGAAUCCAGCCAAUGGGAACGCGAGAAACGAGGGGCAGGCAAAGCGUUGCCGGGAAACACUAAAGGGGUUGGGGAAAUCACGUGACAGCAGCGUCGGCCAAUGGGAACGCGGGGAGGGACCCGGAAUAGCGGCGGGAGCGUUGCCUGGCGACGCCGGGUGAGGCGGGAGUGUCACGUGUACGAGGAGGACCAAUGAGAGCGCGAGGAAAAACCCGGAAAGCGGCGCGGGCGUUGCCCGGCAACGCCGCAAGGAGGGGUCACGUUGGCCGAGCGGGCCAAUGGGAGCGCUCGGAGCGGUGACGGCGUCGCCCGGCAACGCCGCGGGGCGGUCACGUGAUUCGGCGGGGCCAAUGGCGGCGCCCGAGAGGCGGAGGUCGCGGGGAGCAGUCCUCACGUGACCCCAGCGGACCAAUCGAGUGCAGAGGGGCGUGGAGCAGGCGCUGUCAUGGCGGACGGGGAGCGAUCGCCGCUGCUGCCGCCCGAGGCGGGGCCGGGACCGGGCGGGGCCGCGGCCUCCGGCGGCGGGGGGCCGGGUCCCGGCGAGGGCCCGCCCCCUUACUCGCCAUUGGGCAGCCCCGAGGGGGUGGGGGCGGGGCCCCCGGCGGUCACGUGCCGCGUGUGCCAGCGGCCAAUCAGCGUCGAGGGGAAGACGCAUCAGCACGUGGUGAAGUGCGGGGGGUGCGGUGAGGCCACGCCAAUCCGAACGGCCCCUGGCGGGAAGAAGUACGUGCGGUGUCCGUGCAACUGCCUGCUGGUGUGCAGGGCCUCGGCCCAGCGCAUCGCCUGCCCACGGCCAUACUGUAAGAGGAUCAUCAACCUGGGCCCGGUGCAGACGGGGGCCCCCAGCCCUGAUCCGCCCCCCGGGGGGGUGCGCGUGGCCUGCGCCCACUGCGGGGGACCCUUCCUGUGGGCGGAGCUCCCCGACCGCUCCCUGGCGCGCUGUCCCCACUGCCGCAAGGUGUCUGCGAUUGGCCGGCGGUUCCCACGGCGACGCUGCCUCUGCUGCCUGUUGGGGGCGCUGCUGAUGGGCGGGGCUGCAGCCGGACUAGCGGCUGGAACAUGGUGGCUGUGGCGCCGGGCGCGGUGGGUGCCGGCGGCGUGGGCGGUGCUGGGGGCGGGGGCAGGGGCGUGUCUGCUGCGUGCGGCCUAUUGGGGCUGCGUGCGGGUCAGCCAGCCCCUCCCCCCACGCGCCUGACCAUGCCCACCCGCCUGGACACGCCCCACCCACACGGACACGCCCCUUCGCCAUGGAACACGCCCACGGGCGUGGCCGCGUUGGGGACGCACCUCAGUUGUGAUGACGUCAUGCGGCCAAUCCCUGUUCGCUAUUGGACAAUUUGGCGAUUUCCGGCCCCACCCCUUUCUUCAGCAUGGCCCCGCCCCCUCCUGCAUGCCUUGGGCCCAGCCCACCUGUACAUAAGCCCCGCCCCCUGUACAGUCCUAUUUAUUGAGCGGCCACGCCCACCAUGGGCGGCCUUGUAUGUAAAUAAACCCACAACCAACAUUUCA